AUGGAGAAGAACGGUCAUGUGCACACCCCGCGAAAGUCGCUGUCCAGCAAGAUACACAUCAUGUGGGCAUGUGCAUCUGGGCAGGCAGCUCUUGAACGCACGCCGGGUGAGUUCAGUCCAUUUGCGGCAUGCUUGAUGCCACUGGUGCAAGAAAAUCGCGACUGGAAGUUCGAGGAGCUUUUCAACGAGUUGCAGCCGGCAGUGUCUACUCAAAGCAGGGUCGCAUGCAAAGGCUUCCUUCGACCCCAGCAGCUCACGUUGACACAAUCUGCUGCAGCUUCGUACGAUAUCUUCACUGCCGGCGUCAAGCCGAAAGCCCCGCGAUUAGUCGGCGUGCCGGCAGCCAACGAGACAUUUACGGGCAGAGCAAGGGAGUUGGAGCUCAUAAAGACCACCUUCAGCAAGGCCGCAGAUCAGUGUGCCAUCGUGCAGACCCGAGCCAUAACCGGCUUGGGCGGCAUUGGCAAGACCCAGCUCGCCAAGGCUUUCGUGUACCUGCACCAGGACAUGUAUGAUGUUGUACUGUGGAUUGAUGCAGAGCGCGACUUGGCGACAAGCUUCAGGAGCUGUGCAGCAUCUUUGGUUGAGCUGGGCCCAGACCUCACACCAAUGCAAGGAAAAGCCAAGUUGGACGACCACCUUCGCCAGUACAAGUACUGGCUGAUAAUCUUCGACAACGUCGAGAAAACAGCUGAUAUCGAGCCAUACCGUCCUGCCGGUACUGGCCAUGUCCUUAUUACGUCGCGAUAUCAGCUGUGGGACAAGGGCAGCGCAGUGGAACUAGGCAGGCUUGCACGAAGGGAUGCUGUCGUUCUGCUGUACAGGAAGAUUGUCAGUGAUGAGGCGGGCGCAAUGGACAAGGCAAGAGCACAUGUCAGGGACUCAUUGAUUCCCUGGGGCAGCCAAGACCCAGCAGAUAGAUCACCACAGCCGCCUGCUUGUGUGCCGGAGGACGUGCUGCAAUGUUGGGAUCUUGCAGAUCUUCUCGACGACUUCCCUCUCGCAUUGGUGCAGGCCAGCGCAGCAAUUCGAUUCUUCGGCUUCGCAACCCGCGAUUACUGCGAAGAGUACAGGACCGCAUACAGCAGCUUGCAGAAGGAAGAGGAGGACUCCCUUGAUCCUGGCUAUGCAGAUGGGUACAAUCGCUCGGUGCACGCAAUCCUGAAGAUCAUCCUGGAAAAGCUUGCCCAACGAGACAUGAAGCACACCUCGGCUUCGGAAAGAGUGUCGCAGCUGCAGUCGAUUGCAGUCCUCAGCUUCGGGCUUCUCUGUUCCGAGGUGCUGGGUGCAGUGGCCUUGCUCGAUGCAGCGAUUAUUCCACACAGCCUCCUCGUAGCUUUGGUCGAGGAGAUGUGCCCGGAGCUGACAUCAAACAUCCAGAAGCUCGGUGUGCUCGGCAAUCUCUGGCGAUGUUCGCUGAUCUCACGCUUGAAUGAGGAAUUGACCGUGGCCUUCUCCGAUGGUGUUCUGCGAUGCCCUGCGAAGGAUUAUACAGUGCACCGUGUGGUGCAGCAGUUCGUGCUCUGUCAGAUGGACCAGAAGAGCCGGCAUGAGGCCGUUCAUCGAGUUUCUAGAGUGCUGAACUCCCUCUUGAAGCGCAGCCUGCACGAGUCGCCGGAGACAGUGAAGAGCAACAGACUCCUGCUGCCGCAUGUCCGAGCACUGACAGCCAGUGAUCAAGAUGUGCAGGGGCUAAAAGAUCGCGACCCCAUUGUGCUGGGAAAUUUGCUGUGCUUGGCAGCAGAUUUCUACGUCCAUGAGCAACGUGACCGCAAGACAGCCAAACAUCUCCUCGACAUGGCAGAUCGCCACAGCCCAUCCGGGACAUCUGACAAGGUUUCUGAAGCGGAGAGGCAUUUGUUGCAAGCCCUGCGUUUGUGCCCGGAUCAGUCGCCACUACGUGCGGAGCUACUUCACUUGCAAGGCAACCUGAAGUACAGACAACACAAAUUCCGGGAAGCUCAGCGCUACAUGGAGGACGCGCUCGAGAUAAAAAAGCAACAUCCAGACGAGUACAAUCAAGCUUCCCUGGCUUAUUCGGAACAUGGUCUGGGCAAUGUGUAUGCAAAGAUGCACCAGAUUAUCCGAGCGGAUCAUCUGGACGUUGCACGCAGCCAGUGCAGGCAGGUGAAAAACAUGCUUGAUCAAAGGCUGAUGUCAACAGCAGAACACGUGAAGGCAUUUCAGCUCAUGAUACACGUGGUCACGGUCUUCGAGAGAGACUUAGACGAAGAGCACUACGAGGUCGUGAAUGCCAAGACCCUGAAGAGUCGAGUUCAGUCCUUGGUAGCAGAAGCCCCGGCUGCAGCCCCGGCAGGGUCAAGCCUUUGCUUCCUGGCCCCUUGUAUUCAUCCGCGUGCAGUCGGUGCACCGCAAGACCGAUUUUACUCUAAGCUUGCGCAAGUGCCACACCGAGAUCUCGCAUUCAUGAAGGCCUUUGCCCCUUCUGAGCAGUUUCAGAAGCAACUCGCAGCCCAGCUGAAGGACAGCUUUCUGCGCCAGGCACAACAGUUCGAGAAGGACGGGCUUCUUUUUUUUACCAUCUUAAUAGGCUGCCUGGAAAAGUGGCGGGGUUGGUACCAAGAUGCGAUCGAGCGCAUUGGCUCAUUCCAGCCAGCCUUGCGCAUGCAAACCUUUACGGCGACUUCUCACACGAACAUUGAGCUGAGCAAUGAUGUGCAGGCUGCCGUUGCGGAUCCCUACCUUCUGGCGCUGCUUGCAUACGUGGCUGGUGGCAACAUUCAGUUGUCAGAUUUCCGCGCAGCGACAACGCAUCCAGGUGAAGAUAUUCUAUUUCGUGCCUGGAAAUGGCACCGAGAUGGUGGCAAAGAACCAGAAUGGAAGUUGAUGGUUCUUCUGGAUGAUGGAGGCAACGAGAUGCACUACCUCAAGGGAUCCAUGCGUCGUUGGAAAGGCUCCCGACAGAAAGAUGCAAACUUCUCCAUGGAAGACGCUUUGCACAUUGCCUCUGGUGGUUCCAAAGAGCUGCCCGGAAUAACACGGUGUUUUGGUCCUCCAGGUACAGUUAUACUUUUCGCAGGGCAAGGGCUGCACAGGGCAACACAUUCGUAG